UGCGCGGAGCAAACGAUCAAGCAAUGCGUCAGUCCCCCUGCUGGAUCUUAUGCCACACGUACGCUCCUUGGAAUCUUACGCUGACGUUACCAAGCUGCCUAAGGUGUCGUGAAAGGAAGGUCAAGUGCUCAGGCUCGGAGCCUUGUACAAACUGCAUCCGUCGCGCAACCGAGUGCGUGUUCGAUAGGGAAGACAGAAAAGUGGUGGUGUCUGAGAGGUUUUUAAAUGAACUCAAACGCAAGUCCGGGUAUGGUGUCGAUGGUCAUCUUCAGCCUUCGCCAGCAUCCAAGCGAUCUCGGGUAAACCGAUCAACUUCCCCCGUGGACGACGACGGACGUCGUGGAGGCAUGUUAGAUACACAACAAAGCCCUACUCCAGCGGGAGAUUUUGGGGCACAUGAUCGAGCAUCGACGCAUGAUGUGUUCGCGGUGGAUGAUGGCACGACUGUUGUGGGCGGUGGCGACCUCGAUGAGCGGCGUCAUGGAGGUUUUCCUGUUAUGCGAAACCCCCUUGCAAGUGGUGCAUCCAGGUUCUUGACAGAUUCAAACGGGAGAAGGCGAUGGCUUGGCCCUUCAUCAACUUGGGCGUACAGCCGACAGGUUCUGAGCAUGAUCCAGGGGUAUCUUGGCCAACGCGAGUCACCAGAGCUUCCAUUGAAUGUUGACGCGCAGGCAUUCAAGCUAGACUGGCCAUCCUCCCGAGAACUUAUUCCACGUCCUACAGUCGACAUUCCGUCUCUCGAUUACGCCCUCUAUCUCACCAAUACGGUCAAGUUUCACCUUGGCCAGACGUACCAUCUGUUUGACGAAGACUCUUUCAUGCAUGGGUUAUAUGACUUUUAUCGGAAAGGCCCCAACACAGAGCCCGAGGCAGGUGAUCGACUGUGGUACAUCCAAUUUCUUCUCAUCAUGGCUUUCGGCAAAGCUUUACUCGUGCCAGGGACGCCAGAUCAAAGACCCCCAGGCAGCAGUCUUGUCACCAGAGCCCUUGAACUUCUGCCCGAUGCCCACGGUCUCUAUCAAGACCCGGUCUUGUCCGUGGAGAUACUAUGCUGUCUCGCUCUAUAUUUGCAGUCUGUUGAUCAUCGCAAUAGUGCUUACACCUAUAUUGGCCAGGCUUUUCGUAUCGCCAUGACACAGGGACUGCAUCGUGAGCCUCUCCAAGGGCUCCUAAGUGAUGCAGAGGCCAAUAGGUUGCGGUGCAUCUGGUGGACCAUUUACAUUUUGGAUCGAAAGCUGUCAUCAUUAAUGGGCGCUCCGAACUCGAUCCAGGACAGCGACAUCACUGUCCAUCUACCUCGGUCAGACCCGGCUGUACAGAAAUACAAGGCUUUGAGUCUUCAUGUCGUUCUUUCGAAGCUCCAUGCCAAGGUUUUAAACACCGUCUACGGGGUGGACGGCAAGCUCGACCCUUCAUUUCUGAAAAAUAUUCAAGAAGUUCUCAGAGACAUGGCGAGACUCGCUCCACAACUCACAGCAGGAUUUGAGUUCAAGUUAAACAACUCGGAGCCUGCCUCACGAGUCUCCGCAACCCUCAACCUGUGUUACCAUCAGUGUGUGGUCCUCGCAACAAGACCUCUGUUAAUGUGUCUACUACAAGACGUUCUAGCAAGAAGGGAUCACUCCCAACGAAAUCUGGCAAGUCCGAUCAAGGCGCUUCUUAAGACAUCUUCCGAUUCAGCGACCAAGUCUCUUCGCAUACUGUCAACGUUGCAAACUCAGCAUCUUCUCGAAACAUUUCUGCCAUUUGACCUGGAACAAACUUUCUCAUCUGCGUUUUUACUCAAGCUCAUGACUUCCAUUCCAGGCCUUCCCGACCGAGAAGGCAACCAUAUGAAAGAUGCCUUCGAAAUAUUGGACACGAUGAUUGCUCGUGGCAACGUUGUUGCUCGGUUCCGGAAAGAAGAGCUAGAAAAGCUACAAGAGAUGUUACGUUUGACACAGUCGCAGGUUGAAAGGCCGGUAGCGGCAUCCGACAGAAAUGAGGGACAUUUAGUAGUGAACUCUGGCGGAGGUUCGGAUAGUGGUGUUCUACAGGACCGUGGUCCAGCCACCGGCAGCACAGUCAAUGGUCUGGCAUCAGAGCAGAUGUUGUCCAUUGCGGGGCUGCUAGACUGGGAACCGAACAUGUCUACUUUUGGCGACGAUCAGCUUGCGGGAAGCUGGCUAUGGACAGAUACGAUUCCGCAAGACUUCGAUUUCGGCGGGGAACUUCUAUGA